CCCCCUGGGGGUGGCGCUGAUGAGCGCCCUGAUCCUGGGACUGCUCUUUACGACCGUCUACAGCUUGUCCCGCAGCGAAAUCUACUAUGAUCCGCUCUACGCAGUCUUCGCGGUCUUCGCCUUCACCUCCGUGGUGGACCUGGUGAUCGCGCUCCAGGAAGACGGCUACGCGGUGGACUUCAUGGAGUUCUACACGAAGGAGGAAGAGUUACCGGAACCUUGGUCUCUACUGGCUGGGCUCCUUCGCCAUGAGCAUCCUGGUGUUCCUUCCGGGAAACAUCCUUGGCAAAUACAGCUCAGAGAUCAGGCCCGCCUUCUUCCUCACCGUCCCCUACAUGCUGGUCCCAUGCUGGGCUGGAGUGAGGAUCUUCAGGCAGCCCCGGGCACCCACCUGCUGCACCCCCAGCCUGGUGGAGGAGGAACAAAGAAAGGGCCUCCUGAAGCGCCCGGCUGAUUUGCUCCUUGUCAUAUACCUCAUCCUUGCUGGGCUCUUCACCCUCUUCCGGGGCCUGGUGGUGCUUGACUGCCCCACGGACACCUGCUUUGUCUACAUCUACCAGUACGAGCCAUAUCUGCGGGACCCCGUGGCCUAUCCCAAGGUGCAGAUGCUGAUGUGUAUGUUCUAUGUCCUGCCCUUCUACGGCCUGGCCAUCUACGCCCUCGUCUUCCCUGGUUGCUCCUGGCUGCCUGACUGGGCCUUGGUGUUCGCUGGAGCCAUUGGCCAGGCCCAGUUCUCGCACAUGGGUGCCUCCAUGCACCUGCGCACGCCGUUCACCUACCGGGUACCCGAGGACACCUGGGCCUGCUUCUUCCUGAGCAACCUGCUCUACGCGCUGGGCCCCCACCUGCUGGCCUUCCGCUGUCUACUACGGCCUGCCUUCUUCCUGCAGCCCCAACCCCCGGGGUCCCAGGCCUCUCACAAGAAGCAACACUGAGAAGGUUUGGGGGGGACCUCAGGACUUGUUUACACGCUCAGCCACCUCUGCCCCAGGAAGGGUGGGUUGGGUUUUUUAAAGGCAGGAGGGACAUCCUCAGGUGUCUUCAGUCCUGGUUGUGGGGGGUCUCAGCCACUGUGUGGGUUGGGCCAAUGGCCACUUGGGUAAAGAGACUUUCUCCGCUAUCACUGUGAACCCCGGCACGGACUCGAAUACCCCCGCCUGGAAUGGAUCCUUUUAGUAAAAACACUUUUGAUGUCCAAA